AUGUAUAUACCUCUCGCUAAGUAUCUCCUUCAUCGCUCGCCAGAAGAGAAGAGGAAACACAAGAAGCAUCGCCUGGUGCAGAGCCCCAGUUCCUACUUUACGGAUGUGAAAUGCCCAGGAUGCUGUAAAAUCCCCACUGUCUUUAGCCAUGCACAAACAGUAGUUUUGUGUGCUGGCUGUUCCACUGUCUUUUGUCAAUCGAUAGGAGGAAAAGCAAGGCUCACAGAAGGAUGCUCUUUCAGAAGGAAGCAGCACUAAAAGCACCCUGAAUCAAGAUGAGUGGGGAACAAUCCCAACAAACACAUUUUGAAUUACAAAAAAAA